AUGUCGGUUCAGACGAACGCUCAACCUGAGUCAACCGCCCUUGAACUCCGUGUCCGCCUGCCGCUGGCCCGCUUCGAGCUGGCGGUCCAGAUCGAGCUCACCAAGCCUUGCAGCGCGAUCUUCGGCCCCAGCGGCGCCGGCAAGUCGACGCUGUUGAGGACCCUCGCCGGCCUCGAACGCCGCGCCCGGGGCCGUAUCAGCCUGGGCGAGGAGUGCUGGCUGGAUAGCGAGCGCGGCAUCCAGCUACGGCCCGAGCAACGCCAGGUGGGCUACGUACCGCAGGAUGGCCUGCUCUUCCCACAUUGCGACGUUCGAGCCAAUUUACUGGCCGGCACACGGCGAGCUCGGCGCAACCUACCCGACCCCGCGGCGACCUUCGCUACGGUUUGCGACUUGCUCGAGCUGAGCACAUUGCUGGAUCGCCGCGUCGACCGCCUGUCGGGCGGCGAACGUCAGCGAGUGGCCUUGGGACGGGCGAUCUGCUCAGGUCCGCGGCUGCUGCUGCUCGACGAGCCGCUGGCGGCUCUCGACCUGCCGCUACGGCGCCGCGCCCUGCCUUUGUUGCGUCGUAUCCGCGAUCAGCUGCGCAUCCCGAUCGUGCUGGUUUCGCACGAUCCUGUGGAGGUGCAAGCCCUGUGCGACGAGGUUUUCGUGUUGGAUGCCGGACAGAUCUUGGCAAACGGUCCGGCGCAGCGGGUGCUGACCGAUCCCAGAGUCUUCCCGCUGGUCCGCGACGUCGGCUUCGAGAACGUCCUGCCCGCCACAUUGGUGGAAUCUGCUGCCGGCCAAGCGCGGCUGAGCCUCGGCGCUCGCGGUACCGGACCACGUCUUCUGACUACUAGCGCACACGGGCAAAAAGGCGAUUCGCUCUGGGUAGGAAUUGCGGCGCGCGAUGUUAUCUUGUCUACAGAAUGUCCCAAUAAUAUUUCCGCCCGCAAUGUGCUGCCAGCCAGGAUUCAAGCCGGGCAAGCCGCGGGAGAUCUGCACUUGGUCACUGUCGAGUUCGGCGACCAAGCACUGCAGCUCACCGUGGAGGUGACUCCAGGCACGGUGGAAGAGCUCGGACUCGUACCUGGCAAAGCAGUGUUCGUGAUCGUCAAAGCGGCGAGCUGCCGGCUCUAUGAGGCUCGAGGACGGACAUCGUAA